GCGACUCUCACUCGGGAGGAACUGGAGAUGAUGAAGAAAGAAGAGCAAGAGAUGAUAGAGGAACAGCUGAGGAUCGAAAAACAGAAGAAGGCUCAAGAGCUGGAACACCAGUCGAGGCAGGUCAGACAGCAUCCGACGCCGAGGGUCGGGAAACCGAAGCCGAAAUUCGGCCCGCUCAACCCGGAGGAUCGGCCUGUAGUUUUACCCGGCGGGAAGCGGUGGAGGGGUCCCAGGGAUGUUUACAACGAGCGAGCUAUCGAAGAGACCCUGAAUGCUCAACUGGAAGUCAUCCGGGGAAAAGCUAUGGGGAUCAACUUCAUGAAAUACGAGAAGCCACCCGUCUCCCUCGAUCAUCUCCAGCACUCGGAGGUAUACAAGUUGAUCCACGAUGAAGAACAGACUCCCCUGAGGAGGGUGGAACUCCUCACUCCCGUAAUCGCCGAAGAAGACUACAGAGAAAGAUGUCGCUCCAGAACGCCUAAUAUCAUCAACCAUGCGAAAAUUCCACAGCAGUUACAGCCCUAAUUAUAAGUUCGUUAUUAACGUAACAUCACUAGUAGUUUUUAGAAAUUAAAAAUAAAAUGUCAAAUACAUUAAGGCACGUCUACACUGAUUACGCGUCGAUCCUUUUUGAGACAACGUGCCUACCCGCGUUGUUUACACGGUAACGCGCAGUGUACAAUGUUCUCAUAUCGAUUCAUACAUUGCGCGGCGUAUAUAGUGACCUAAAAAUUGUCGAUCACACGCUACCCGAUGAGUUUUGGAUUCCAAAUGAAGCUACGAAUAGAAUUUAAGUGAUUUUGAAAUUUGUGUGCCAAUGUGGGUAGUUACUGAUUUUUUGUCUGAUAACGCAGCGAUGACAUGCCCCUUUAUAAAUUGAGGUAGUUUCACAACAGUAGAGAAUCCGGUGUUCACUUGCCAGUUCUAGAUGGAGAUAACCUUCAAUGUAUUUUUCGUAUUACUCGCUAAAAAUGUUUUGUAAGCUUUUGUAUUAAUGUAUUUUUAUUUUUUUGUGGAAAUGAUAAUAAAUUAUAUGAAAACUUCA